GUUCUAUUUUAAGCAGUCUCUGUGUUGGACUGCUCUGGUAAUAGAUAUCGUUUCACCAGGGGUAUGUAACUGACACAAACAGCAGCCAGACAGCUGACAGGAGAGCGGUACUGUAUGCCACGGGGAAAUUUAAGAACGAUAUUAGGUAUAGCAGUAGUUUGAUGGCAGCGUUCAAAUCGUUAGGAUAGGUGAAAAACAUGUUUUACAAAAUCAGCGCGACGCGACACAGCUAGCAUUCCAGAGUCUCACUGUCUUCCCAACUAACAGAUAUAAGCCGACGAGGGAACUCCAACCUUGAUUUUUCAUUUUUCAUUUUGGAUUCAUAGAAGACUGAGCAAUUAGGAAAUAGAAAUGUCCGACAACGUUGCUGACCCCGAGCCAAUGGAGACAGAGCGAAGCUCAGAGAAGAUCGAUAUGUCAUUAGAUGACAUAAUUAAGCUGAACAAAAAGGAACAGAAAUCCAGUCAGAUUGCUUCCAAGACAGGCCUGCAGCAGCAACCUGGUAAUAGAAGCAGAGGCCCUGGGAACCGAAGAGCGACUGGACAGCAGAGAGCCCCCUUCCGAAGAGGAUGGGCACAGCAAACCCAGCAGGGGUUCUACAGAUUUCGAUUAAUGGGUCAAGCACAACAAGGGUUCAAGAGAAGACAACCCUACAGUCUCCGAAGAUUCCCCAGGAGAGCACUGUUCGCCCCCUUGGGACUCAGUCCUUUGAAUCACAAAGCCUCUCUUGCAAAGGUAAACACAGCAGCGAUUUCCAGUGUUAAUAGCAACAGGCCAGGAUUGCUCAGAGUCCAGCAGCCUUCUGCUAGAAGACCAUACUGGCAGCCUUUCAGGGGUCCUUGGACCGCUGGGAGAAGUAACAGUAGAAUUCCCCUGCCAAACAGAGGACCUAAACUGCAUCAAACACAGCAACAACAGACUAAGAUCAAUCUGAACAGAGGGUUUCCUUUACAUCAAUCCGGUAGGAAAUUGACAGAGAAAUAUCAAAGAAUCCGAAGCUGGAGACAGCCUGCAUCCUCAGGGUCCAUCCUAACAGUCUCUGUUGCAAACCCCAUGGCAGUGCAGGAGACUGCUGCAGUUUCUCCUCCCAGAACCCCUCGGGUGAGGAUUAAACCCUCAGCAGUGCUACAGAGACGAGGGGCUGAAGACGAGGAGACCCUGCACCCCCCACCCAGAGGAAUCCCUUUGAGGUUUAACUUCAAAGCACUAGCCAAUCAGACUCAAGUGACACUGAACGAUCGCUUCUCCAGUCUGAACAUAAAGGGAAUGCAUGCCGUGCCGAAGAGAGGAGGACGAACAGUAACACUGCAGUGACAAUCAAAGAAUAAGAAUAGUUCUGUCAUUGUGCUGCUAUAUUGAUCAUUUCAAUGAGAGUGAUGUCAUUAGAGAACCUUGGGUUGUACAGUACCUACAUUAAAAGA